AUGAACAACCUCAUCAUCCGCACGGAGCAGUUGGAUGGGAAGUUCGUGACGAAGGAGAGCCUUCAGAAGGUCGUCGAUCAGCUUAGCUUUGCGUCAGAGUAUUACUUCAAUGUGCUCAAGGAGUUCUGCGAGCGUAAUGCUUUGAGAGACGAUCAACGGAGGGCUCUCUUGGGAAGCAAUCUGAACAUAAAUCUGACUCAUCGUCUUCAGGGAUAUUUUGGUCCGAAGACCGUCCAUUGCGCGACGCAGCUCAUGACCGAAAAAGACAAGGCCAGUGCUCUCCGGUACUACUGCAAUGCCCACAACUACGAGAUCAAAGACUACAACGGAAACAUGUUAGAUGGGAUGUCUCCGUUGAAGGGCCCGUGUCUGGUAUUUCUUGUCAAGUUCAUGGAGGAGAUCAUCGGCUUCAAGAAUACGCCGAAGGGCAUCUUCAACAUCGCCCUCAACGGCGGGAAGCUCACGAAGGCGAUGAAGAAGGCGGCCCCGAUCGUCGGCUUUAACAACAACUUCCAGCCCGAGGAGUACAUGCGCGACACGACGAACAAGUCCGAGUACAUGCGGGGGCUCACGAUCGUGCAGAAGAUCGUCGCCCUCCAGUGGAUGAUGAUGGGGAACUACGCCUUCCGAGAGGAGCUCUUACCGAUGGCGGACCAGAAGGCGCUGCUCAAGAAGAAGAAGAAGGAGCAGAAGCCCAAGAAGCCUCGGAAGCUCAAGAAGAAGAAAACCAGGGAUAACGAUCUCAUCCCUGACGCAUUGGAGGGCAAGAUCGGCAUAGGGAACGCCAUCUCCCAGGAUGACUUCCGCAAGCAGCCCCUCUUCCAGCAGAUCCAGUACCUCUAUGAGAUGGUCGGGGGCUCUCUGGCUGGCAGGAACAACCAGAAGCUUUCUCCCUACGGCCGCGUGUCCCGGGCAGAUUUCAUGGCGGCCACGGUCAACCAGCAGACGAUGUGGCUCUACCGCCAGCUGCAGGGCCAGGACGAAGACGGAGACGAGGACAACGGACUUCGCAAGCACAUCGGCGGCAAUUACAAGAUCGGGGGCAGCUAUCUGAAGAUCAAGAACCUCAAGAAGCUCUCGCAGGGCCGUGUCACGCACCAGACGCGUUAUCUGGGCAAGCGGGCCCUGAAGCACGAGACCAAGAUCCAGAAUUUGGAGCGGAACAACAAGAAGCUCGACCUCGAGAUAACGAAACUCCAGGCGGCCGUCAAGUACCUCAAGGCGAAGCUUUUGGCCGAUGACAACGACUACAAGAAACUCCAGGACAAAAUCAACAAGGGCGGAAACACAGGCGGCAUCGGAUCGAAGCUCAACGUGAUCAACAUGGCCGUAGGCUAUGCCUUGGACGCGGCUAUCCUGACCGUCGCCUCCACAGGCCUUGCCUAUGCGAUCCAGGCGAAGAACCGGCUCGACGAGCACGAUUACAAGUUUAAGAGGAUCUACAAGUUCCUGACCGACGACCUCUUCUACCGCUUCGAGUUUAUCUGGAACGAGUUCUCGCACAUCAACCGGGACGUGUCCCUCGUGCAUCUGGAGGCUGCCCGGGCGAAGAAUCACAUCAAGGUGCUUCAGAGCAUCGCCGGAGAGGACCAAGUAGCCAUCGAAGCGCUGCAGGAGGAGGCGAAGGUCCACGCCAAGCGGAUCGAGAGACUCACCGAGAACCAGAAUGACAUCAUGGACUUCCGGAACCGCAUCGAGAUCCUGAUGACAGUCGUUGUCCAAUUCUUCGAGCGGAACGGGAUCUCGUUCACAGACCCGGUCGGCGGCAUCAUAGACAUGAGCGGGAUCCGGACCGAGCUCGAGGGCGCCUACAACUACCUGCGGGAGCUCGUCGCGGAGCUGCAGUACCAGGUUAAGGCCAUCAGCAGUUUGACCUCUGCCCGCAACGAUGCUUUGGAAGCCCAGAUCGAAGAGGAGCAGGAGCGGUCGGCCGAGCAGAGGAGGCUCCUCACCGAGCGCAUUGUGGCGCAAGACGAGCUGAUCAGAAGGCUUACCGAGCGCCUCGAUGCGUUAGAGUCCAAGGAGGGUUCAAAGGACGAUUCUGCGGUUAUUCAGGACGUGUCAGGUCUGUCGGCCCGGGUCGCAGCGCUCGAGAGGGAGAGGGAGGAGGACCGGGCGACCAUCGAGAGACUCAAUGUGACUAUUACAGAGAUAUCGGACCGUUACAACACUCUGUCUGGCCGACUCGCUGGUUAUGAAGAGCGCAUAGCGACUAACGAGAGCGACAUUUCUGAGAUGAAGACUAGCAUAAACGACCUCAAGAGCAAUACAACCGACUAUGCGGCCCUCGAGACGCGGGUCAACGCCGCCGAGAGCAACAUACGGGGGCUCUGGGACACGACUAGGACGCAAGAAACCGCUCUAUCAGCUCUUACAACAAGGGUGGCCAAUUGCGAAGGCAAAAUUAGGGCUAACGAGACCAGGAUCAAGAACAACGCAGAUACCAUCGCCAUAUGGACAGACGAAGUAACGACUCUCAAGAGGUCCGUUGGGCAGAACCGGGACCAGAUCGCCUCCCUCAAAGUCACGGUGAGCAACCUCCAGGGCUCGCUGAGCUCCGCAUCGAGCAGGCUCAGUAGGCUCGAGUCGACCGUCUCCGGCUUUGAGAGUUCGAUCCGGCUGAACCGGGACAGCAUCGCGACGCUCAACGCCCAGUCAAACAAGCUGACCUAUGUCUGCCGAGAGCUGAAGUACCAGUACCUCGUCCGGAAGUGGAUCCCCGGCCAGACGACGGACGGCAACGGCUUCAUGCGGAUCUCCAUGUCCAGCCUCCCCAGCGACGCCAUCAGCAAGAGCAACGACUGCAUCGUCUCGAUUGUGCCCUACGACGUCUGGGUGACGUCCUACGACCGCGUCUUCGUGGCCUGGAACGACUAUCGCGAAGGCAACUCCAAUGACAGCUACAUCAACGUCACGCUACGCUUUGCAUAUGAUAAAAGCAUCGGCAAGAUUGGCGGCGGCCAGCGGGUGGCGAUCUGGUACUGGGCCAGGAGCUCGGUCGAGAACUACAGCUUGUGA